AUGUCAAGUCGCUCCCAAGACGAGAAAACAGUGCGGAAUUGGGGCUUCUCGCAUGUCUUCACAUGGACCGAUGGACCCCACGCGCAUUAUCCGCCUCACUCGCAUUCCGGACUGACCACCCAUCUGAUCCGGCGUGGGUCGUUGACCAUCACAUACCCACGAGACCCGACUCCCACGAAGGAGACCUUCGGUGUGGGCGCCAGGAUCGAUGUCCCGGCGGGGAAAGUCCACGAGGUGUGGAUGGGAGACGAGGGUGCGUACUAUGCGUCCCACCGACCGACCGACCGUAUGGUCUAG